AUGUCAGCAACCAAGAUCGAGGCUACAGCUGAUUACCAGCAAAGCCUAAACAACGACUUAGUUACAUUCACUCCGCGGCACUACGAUGACUGGCGUGACGAGUUUCAUCAGAAUGGAUGCGUCGUGAUCAAGAACGUCAUCAGCCCCGAGCGCGCCGAGUACUAUCGCGAGAAACAGAUUCAGUGGUUGAAGAAGUUCGAACUUGGCUUUGAUGAGAAUGAUGAAAGUACUUGGACAGCGGAGCAUUUGCCUGUCAGCUUCAAGGGAGGCAUGUAUUUUGCCUAUGGCUCCCCACACGAGAAGAUGGCCUGGGAAGCGCGCACCGAGCCCAAGGUCAUGGAAAUCUUCGAAAAUCUGUGGGAAACUAACGAGCUGAUCUCCUCAUUUGAUGGGAUGAACAUUUCCCUGCCUCGACGCAAGGAUCUUAAUUGGAGUCCCUGGCCGCACUGUGACCAGAACCAAAACCGCAAAGGUAUGCAAGCCGUGCAAGGCCUGCUCAACUAUGCACCCAACGGCCCGAACGACGGUGGCCUUAUGUUGAUGAAAGGCUCGUCGAAGCUUUUCGAUGAAUUCUUCAAACACAAGCGUGAAUCAUUCGACCACGAGGAUGCACCACCACCAGAGAUUGAAUUCAUGGAUUUGUUCCUGUUCAGCCAGAAGGACGUUAAAUGGUUCGAAGAACAGGGCUGUGAGCUUAUCAAGGUCAAUAUGGAACCUGGUGACUUUGUGCUCUGGGAUUCGCGCACUAUGCAUUACGCUCGUUUGCCAGAGGGCAACCAGAUUCGCCAUGUUCAGUACAUCUGCAUGACCCCUCGACGGUUUGCAACUUCUGAGGCAUUGGAGUUGAAGAAACAGUGCUUUGAGAGCUUCACGGGCACAACUCACUGGCCACAUUGCAACAUUCGUCCCACCAAGGAGAAGCCGAUGCGUGACGGCAAAGUGUGCCCAAAAGACCGCAAUGAGCCAUUUGAGAAGCCAGAAUUGACGGAUACGGUGCUAAAGCUGGCUGGAGUGAAGGCCUAUUAG